AUGCUCUCCGUUCCGCCCGUCGCUCUCCCAUCCGCCCGUAGCUCUCCGUUCCGCCCGUCGCUCUCCCAUCCGCCCGUAGCUCUCCGUUCCGCCCGUAGCUCUCCCUUCCGCCCGUCGCUCUCCCUCCGCCCGCCGCUAUCCCUUCCGCCCGUCGCUCUCCAAUCCGCUCGUCGUGCUCCCUUCCGCCGAUCGCGCUCCCUUCCGCCGAUCGCGCUCCCUUCCGCCCUUCGCUCUCCAUUCCGCCCUUCGCUGUCCCUUCCGCCCGUCGCCCUCCCUUCCGAGCGUCGUUCUCCCUACUGUGAGUCGAUCUCCCUUCCGCCCGUCGUUCUCCCUUCCGCAGGUCGCCCUUCUUUCCCCGAGUCGCCCUCCCUUCCGCCCGUUGCCCUCCCUUCUUCCCAUCGCCCUCCCUUCUUCUCAUCGCCCUCCCUGCCGCUCGUCGCGAUCCCUGCCGCUCGUCCCCUAGCUUUCCCCGUCUCCCAGUCUCCCCACCGCCGUCGCAAUCUCCAUCUCCCUCUCUCCCCGUCGCGCUCGCUUUCCCCGUCUCGUCGUUCUCCCCGUCGCCCUGCCAUCCAAUGCUCGUCGCCCUCGCCUUCCCUCCCGUCUCCCUUCCCAUCUCGCGGUAUUCACUUCCCUGUUUCCAUCCAUCCUCUGCCCGGCUGCCCCCCAAUCUCACAACUGCUCCCCCCAAUCCCCUGCUCUGCUUCCCCCCAUAAUCUCCCUCUCCAUGUGUCCUUCCUCUCCCCCAUGAUGCCUUCCUCUCCCUGUCGCUCCCAUGUCCCCCCAGCGCUCGUAGUUCCACUGCUCGUGCCCCUCGCGCGUUGGGAACACUCAUUCCUUCCCACCCUCUCUUUCCUUCCCACCCUCUCAUUCCUUCCCACCCUCUCAUUCCUUCCCACCCUCUCUUUCCUUCCCACCCUCUCAUUCCUUCCCACCCUCUCAUUCCUUCCCACCCUCUCUUUCCUUCCCACCCUCUCAUUCCUUCCCACCCUCUCUUUCCUUCCCACCCUCUCAUUCCUUCCCACCCUCUCUUUCCUUCCCACCCUCUCAUUCCUUCCCACCCUCUCAUUCCUUCCCACCCUCUCUUUCCUUCCCACCCUCUCGUUCCUUCCCACCCUCUCUUUCCUUCCCACCCUCUCUUUCCUUCCCACCCUCUCAUUCCUUCCCACCCUCUCAUUCCUUCUCACCCUCUCUUUCCUUCCCACCCUCUCUUUCCUUCUCACCCUCUCAUUCCUUCCCACCCUCUCUUUCCUUCCCACCCUCUCAUUCCUUCCCAACCUCUCAUUCCUUCCCACCCUCUCAUUCCUUCCCACCCUCUCUUUCCUUCCCACCCUCUCAUUCCUUCCCACCCUCUCAUUCCUUCCCACCCUCUCUUUCCUUCCCACCCUCUCAUUCCUUCCCACCCUCUCAUUCCGUCCCACCCUCUCAUUCCUUCCCACCCACUCAUUCCCUGGGCCCCUGCUCCCAGUCCCCCUGCUCCCUGUCCCCCUGCUCUCUGUCCCCCCCCCGUUUCUCCCAGUCCCCCUUCUCCGUGUCCCCCUGCUCCCAGUCCCCCUUCUAACAAGUCCCCCUGCUCCCUGUCCCCCUGCUCCCUGUCCCCCUUCUCCCUGCCCCCCUUCUAACAAGUCCCCCUGCUCCCUGUCCCCCUUCUCCCUGUCCCCCUUCUCCCUGUCCCCCUGCUCCCAGCCCCGUUUCUCCCUCCCCGUUUCUCCCUGUCCCCCUGCUCCCUGCCCCCCUUCUAACAAGUCCCCCUGCUCCCAGUCCCCCUUCUCCCUGUCCCCCUUCUCCCUGUCCCCCUGCUCUCUGCCCCCCCCCCCUCCCUGUCCCCCUUCUCCCUGUCCCCCUUCUCCCUGUCCCCCUUCUCCCUGUCCCCCUGCUCCCUGUCCCCCUUUUCCCUGUCCCCCUGCUCCCUGUCCCCCUGCUCCCCGUCCUACCUUCACUUGCACCCACUAUGCACCCCAUGUACCAACAGCCUGCACCACUCCUUCCAUCCAUCCUGCCACAUAG